AUUGAGGAUCCCGGAAAAGGACCAGCUCGUUUUUCGGGUUAGUUGUUGUGCCACUCUGCAAGGUGUAUCCGUAUCCGUCCCUGCUGGCGGUAUGACGGCUGAACGAUCCGGGGAAACAUUUCCACUUGCAUCGUCAAGUCGUGGGCCAAGCGAGGCGGGCGCUGACUCGAGUCGCGGAGCCGAUCCCGAUGUGCUAGAUGGGAUGACUUUAAACCUCCAUCUUGUCGAUAUCGACUCGAUGCUGUCGACUCCAGCGGGCGAGCUUGGCCGCCUCCUCCCGGCGGCAUCACAACAGAAUCUACUCACCAAUUGCCAAACCCGCCCUCCGUCGCUCGUGCCUCCACUGGAUCCGUCUCAAGUGAUUGAUCGAGCUCCGGUUAUUCUGCUCCGAUUAUUCUUAUCGGAAACGGUGCGCGCAGCCUAUCACAAAUCGUCAACCUUGCGCAGCCCCUCCCCAGGGGGGGACUGGAUGAACUCUUUCCUCGCACACGAGCACCUGCAUGCAUGCCUCCUUUUCUCCCUGCCAUGCGGACGUCAUGCGAAUGCCCGCUUCCGGAGGACAGUCAAGCCGAGGAGAGGAGUGCCUCACCAGUUGGCCCACCACUGGGUGUUGCGUGGCUGCCAAGGUGCAUCACCGGACGGUAGAAACGCCAACGUCUUGCCGAUCGACGCGCUGGCCUUCCCAAGCGGGUUGCCCAGGGGCCGCCGUCACCUUCGCGGCUGUGAGACGCGGAGGAGGCCCAGAGAGAGACGGGAGCGAGGCUCUUGACAGCCCGCCACCUGCCCCUUUGGUGCCGGACGUUCACGACCCGCUGCAGUCGAUGCCGUAUAUAAGUUCCCCCGUCUUCUGCGAUUCAAUGAUGGGACGAAGUUUUGUAUCUUCAUCAAGCCCUUCCUUCAACAGUCUUCUCUUUCGUUCA